UACCGUCUCUGGAUCACACACAUUUGCAACCAGUGAUACAACAUACCCUCUCUGGAUCGCACGCAGGUGCAACCAGUGAUACAACGUACCCUCUCUGGAUCACACGCAGGUGCAACCAUCGGUACCUCUGCAUCUGCCCUGUUGCAGCUAUUUCAUUUUGUAUGAAUGCGGCCACCUGCUCCAAGUUUGUAUGGUUUACCCUCCUGAACAAACCAAGCUUCCGACACAGUCUCUUUAGCGUCCUAAUACUUAUCACCACACGUGUUUAUGAGCCAAAAGAGAGAGAAUUUUCUUAUCAUUAUAGCCGAUCCUGAAGUACUGCUUGAUCGAGGCGUCUGUAGAGGUAGUCAUGGCCAUCGACUAUAGUACUAGAUAGAUAUUUAAUGAAUUCAUUUAUUUUUAUGCCUGACUUUUUUUUGGCUGGCCCUAAUACUCCUUUGUAGAAAUAAGAUCUAAGAAUAAUGUUAAAAAAAACACUUUUCAUUUUGUCAAAGUAGCUUUCAGAAGAGAAAACUCCCGCUCUACUAUGCCCCGCCCACAUCAUGCUCCAUUACAGAGAGGUAAAGGUGGGCGGAGCCAUCAGCCUGACAGUCCACACUGUGGGCAGUAGUUUACCUGCUGCUCAGGUUAAUGAUAAACUGUUGAAGCAGCAGCUGCGAGACGAAGCCUGGAAUGAAACCACGACACUUCCGUGUUCACACGAACAGCGGCAAAGUCCACGCGCCGACCGUUGACAGGAAGUGAAGCAGGUUCAGAGCCGGACAUGGACCGAUACAGGUACCUGGUUUUUAACCAGAGGAGCGUGCUAGUCCUCGGUGUCCUGCAGGUGGCCUGUGCGGGACUGUGUGUGGUCUGCGGCUUCAUGGACGCGGCUUUCCGCAAAGAUACAGCGCUGAGCAGCACCAGGACGCCGCUGUGGGGAGGACUGGCCAUGGCCUCUCCAGGUGUCCUGGCCCUGUUCGCCUCUCAAAGGAAACACUCUGUGUUGGUGAGUGUGAUGGUGGCGACUGCAGCUCUCUCCUGUGUGGCUGUGUUUGCUGUGUCUGGUUACGCCUGCCUGACGCUCACGUACGGAGAGGAGGACGAAGACGUCUUUCACCACCACGACAGUCCACAAGUGACCUUUGUGCUUCAUCGCAUGGUGAAAGCAGCCAAUGCCACCGUCCUGCUGUCCUGCACCAUCAGCCUGGUUCUGUCCGCUCUCAUCGGCUACGUCGGCUGUCGCAGUCUCCCCUGCUGUGGCUGCUAUGAUGCCAGGACUGGACUGGAGACACUCGUUCCUCAGUGUGACCUCGGGGACACGGAGAUGGUUUGUACCUGGCAAGCAGGAGGCGACAACAGGCUCUUCAACUCUCCAGUGAAUUCCACAGAGCAAGACACUGCUGAGGAGGACGAGGAGAGGCCGUCCAGACUGCCUCCGUACAGCAGACUGACCUGAUCCUGUCUCACACAGUAAAGACUGACCUGAUCCUGUCUCACACAG